CGUCACUCUGAAGAAAUGAAACUUAAAGUUUGUCAGGGUGUCGGCUACGCAGCCGUCCAGAAAGGUCUCCGUUUCUCUUCAAAGAAAUUAAACUAACUUCAUCCAAUCUUUGUCAACGACACAGCAGAGUCUCUGCAAACACAGAUAUGGCUGCUGCAAACUAUCAUCGGUCUGAGGAUCAGUUUCUCUGCUCCAUCUGUCUGGAUGUGUUCAAUGAUCCUGUCACCACAUCAUGUGGACACAACUUCUGCAAAAACUGCCUCACUGAACACUGGAACACCAGCGACCAGUACAAUUGUCCAUUGUGUAAGAAAGUUUUUAACACCAGACCUGAGCUGCACGUCAACACUUUCAUCUCUGAGAUGGUUGGUCAGUUUAGAGACAAAGCUCAGCAGGAAGCCAGCAGCAGCAGAUCAGAGCUACAAGAGUCCAAACCAGGAGAAGUUCUCUGUGACGGCUGCACUGGAACCAAACUGAAGGCCCUGAAGUCCUGCUUAGACUGUCUGGUCUCCUAUUGUGAGACUCACCUGGAGCCUCAUCUGACAGCUCCACGUCUGAAAAGACACCAGCUGAUUGACCCUGUGGAGAACCUGGAGGACAGGAUGUGUACGAAGCACGAUAAACCUCUGGAGCUAUUCUGUAAGACCGAUCAGACCUGUGUCUGCAUGCUCUGCUCUGUUUUAGACCACCAGACACACAAGUUUGUUCCUCUGAAAGAAGAAUAUGAAGAAAAGAAGGCAAAGCUGGAGGAGACAGAGGCUGAAAUUCAGCAGAUGAUCCAGAAAAGACAACUGAAGAUUCAAGAGAUCAAACACUCAGUGGACCUCAGUAAGGACGAUGCAGACAGAGAGAUGGCAGAAGGUGUUCGAGUCUUCACCGCUCUGAAGGAGUCUGUUGAGAGAGGCCAGGUCGAGCUCAUCGACACAAUCCGAAAGAAGCAGAAAACAACAGAGAAACAGGCCGAAGCUUUCAUCAAAGAGCUGGAGCAGGAAAUCUGUGAGCUGAUGAAGAGGAGCACUGAUGUACGGCAGCUCUCACGCUCUGAAGACCACCUCCAUCUAAUCCAGAGAGUCCAGUCUGUUAACUCUGCUCCACCCACCAAAGACUGGACAGAGGUUAAUGUCUGUAAACCACUUCAUGAGGAGACUGUGAGGAAAGCUGUGGCUCAGGUGGAGGAGACUCUCAGUGAAGAGAUGAAGAAGUUGGUGGUUCCAGCUGAGCUGAAGAGAGUCCAGCAGUAUGCUGUGGAUGUAACUCUUGAUCCUGAUACAGCAAAACCAUAUCUCAUCCUGUCUGAUGAUGGGAAACAUGUUCAUCAUGGUGAUGUGAAGAAUCUACCAAACAACCCAUACUCUUCCUUUCCUUAUGUUUUAGGAAAGCAGAGUUUCUCUUCAGGCAGAUUUUACUUCGAGGUUCAGGUUAAAGGAAAGACUAGUUGGGAUUUAGGAGUGGCCAGAAAGUUGAGUAAAAGGAAGGGAAGAAUCACAGUGCUUCUUCAAACAGAUUUCUGGACUAUACGUUUAAAAAAUGGAAAUGAGUACGAAACUCGUGAAGCUCGUCUCUCUCUGAAGUGUCGGCCUCAGAAGGUGGGGGUGUUUGUGGAUUAUGAGGAGGGUCUGGUCUCCUUUUAUGACGUUGGUGCUGCAGCUCUGAUCUACUCCUUUACAGACUGCUCCUUUAGGAGGAAACUCUUCCCUUACUUUAGUCCUGGUCUGAAUGAAGGAGAUAAAAACUCUGCACCUCUGAUCAUCUGUCCUGUCAGAGUUACCGUAAAAUCUGGAAUAUAAGUCGCACUGGUAUACAAGACUGUUUUGAAGGUCUCUUAAAAGAGAAAAAAAAGUUUAAACUGUUUUCUUGUGUGACGAUUUAUAUUGGGUUCAUGUCUACAACGUGCAGUUUCUGUGCAGCUGUGUCAUUCUUUUAGUUCCGUCUGUUUUCACGUUCACGUAAGCUGUGAGGCACAGACUCCUAGCUUGCGAGUCGCGCUGCCCGACUCGGCUCGUCACUCUUUAACUUUAAUAUAGGACUCUUUCAAUCAAAUGAGCACUCCACAAGGUUUAUUUACGGAACAAUAUACCACUGUUUCUGUAACUGUAGAUUAUCACCUCGUGAGGGAGAAAAGAUGUGGAAAAAGUUGCGCAGCCAGCCUGGUCUGUUUUGCAGAAGGUGUUCACUGUGAUUGAUUUAAAGUUUACCCAUUACACAGAGCUGCCAAGUGUCACGCUUUGACGGUGAGUCAGGCAGUUGAGCAUCUUCACACGGUCAUAAGCUAACCGUCCUAUUUCACACGGUGAGAAUCAAAAAUUGCCCCUUUUUACAUUUUUCCUCCUUUAAUUUAUUUCCUUACUUGCCGCUUGCCACACUCGGGGACCUAUUCUGCCUGUGACUGGCUUACUCAGAAACAAUCAUCAUCAGUCCUCAUGCCUAAAUCUAACCAACCAAUCAGAGGCAGACUGUCUAACUUUCAAAAACUUGUUAAUUGGCAAUGUUUUGGUCCCUUCUAACGGCCAGACAAGGGAAGAAGCCAAUCACAGUGUAGGAUUUUUGGGGUGGCCAAUCAGAUUUUAAGGGUGACCCAUGUCACCCCUGGCCACCCGUCUGGGCACGCCGCUGCCCAGAACCAAUCAGUCCUUAUGCCUAAAUCAAACCAACCCAACGAAAGGCAACAAGUACCAACUAAUCAGAGGCAGAGUAGGGCGGGUCAUGCGGUCCAUAGCAGCAACGAUCCAGAGGAACCUAAGAGACGAGUGCUCAGGAGCUUCCAGGAAGACACCUGGUUAGUAACUUAAAUGGUACAUGAAAAUUUAGCAAAGGGCUUUAAGCAAACAUGAACCACAUCACCACAGUCUCAUCUUAAUGUGUACUUUGUGUAUUCAUUGUAGUCACUAAUUUACUGAUCACUGACAUUGUUUGAACUACAUCCUGAAUCCUAGGAGGCUGGAGGAGAAACUCCAGGUGAAAGUCCUACAUAUAUCUAUUUUAAGUUUGUUUGUGUGCGUGUGCAUGUAUAUAAAAAGUAAAAUAAUAUAUUAGUGUGUCAUACAGAAUACAGAUUAUUCUGAUUUCUGUGAUUCCUGAUCAGUGUUGAUAAAUCUUUGUCUUUUAUAUUCUGAUUAAAAAAAAGUAUUUUCAA